AAAAGCACAAACGUAUAAAAACCCUCCAGGCUGGUGGCGACUCUUCCUUUGUUUACAAAUGUCGUGUGACUCAUCCUCAGCUGGUAAGUAAAACACGGAGAUAAAACACUCACAUGGAAACUAGAAAUGGGAUAAUACUGAACACUAUCAUACUGUAUUAGUCUUUAAUAUUCAUAUAAUUGGUUUAAGUUGGGUAGUGCGAGAUUUUCAGUGCUGGAAUUGUAAUCCAUGUAUUUUUUUUCUCCGUAUUUUAUCCUUACUGCGCGGGGAGGACUGGAAGGAGGCAGUGAUGGUGGUGGGGCAGGUCUUGUGAGUGAGCCCCACCUCGCCGCGCCUCCAUCUGACCACGCUGGGGCUGCAGGGCCACUGAGGGACGAGGGGGAGAUAGUGAUAACAGUGACGGUGGCCUCUGAUGACGAGUUGGAGGAUGUAGGGCGGCGUGUGCAUGAUAGUUUCAGAAUAGAAUGUAGGUUUGACCCAGAGGCCUCUGAAAUGUCUGCUAGAAUAGCAGCCAUCUCCCGGAGCCGGGCUGCCUCCCGGGAGUGCACUCCCACACACUCCCGGGCCGUGUCACGUGUCCCGUCCUCUGAGGAGUUGAAUGAAGGAAGAGUGAUCAUUAACCCUGUGCAAGAAGCUCUCCACAGCCAUCCACUCAGCACCUCCCAAAACCCCUCCCGCAGGCCAAGCCAGAGUGAUCCAAGCCAUCGCUGGGGAGGCUCCUCAAGUAACCUCACCUCCACAGACUCCACUCCCAGCUCAGACAUAGCAGACUCAGGCCAAGCAACUGACUCCCCUCUCACUGGCAACAUCAAUGCCCUGGGCUUCCCUUCUACUGCUGAAGAUGCCAGCCCCUGCCAGUACCGCAUGCCCAUUGUUGGCUAUGAGGUGCUAGAGGAGAGAGCAAGGUUCACGGUAUUCAAGAUCCAGGUGUUCCACCAGCCCACGGAGGAGCAUUGGUUUGUGUUCCGUCGCUACACUGACUUUGUGCGCCUCAACAAAGCGCUGAAGAAGGAGUUUCCACGCCUGCGGUUUGCUCUCCCACCCAAGAGGUGGUUUGGUGACAACUUUGACCCCAUCUUCCUAGAGGAUCGGCAGCUAGGUUUGCAAGCCUUCAUAGACAACGUUGUAGGCCACACCGUCAUCCGGGAGAAGAAGUGUGUGAGGGACUUCUUCUGCCUUGAUGAUCCGCUCGGGACACAGGACACACUGGCGGAGAGUCGGGCCAUGUGCCAAAGCCUGGAGGAGACAGUAUCAGACCUGCAGGACCGCCUCAGGGAGAAGGACGGGGAGUUGGCAGUGCUACGCUCGCAGGUCAACUUCCUCAUGGUGCAGCAGCAGACCCUGGUGAAGGCCCUUCGACUGGAGUGUGACCUGAAAAGCCCUGUGGCCCCAGAGAGAGGCUCCACCCAUGACCUCAACCUGGCUCUCCUCAACAUAUGUGAGAGGACUCUUGACGGGCGCUUCAUUAACAACCAAGGAGCCACUGGCAGGAAUGGAGCAAAUGGCACCUCUGGUAUGACCAGCCCAGUAAGGCGUGGAAGAGUCCAUUCCACUGUGGAGUCUCCCCUGCGCAGGACACUGGAAAAAGCCUUCCUGCCCAGAUCAUGUUCACACAAUACUUUGUCCCCUGGACACAGUGGUACUGCAGCAGUCAGUGGGACUCAAGCUGCAAGAGCACUGAUUCUAACAGAGGGGGAGGAUGGAGCCAGCCGGUGAGUAGAGUGAGGCAUCAAAGUUUUUGAGAACCAAGAGCCUUGAGGUUGAUGAGAGAAACCAGCCGGUGUAUGAUGAUUGAAAGUUACAUUAGCAGGUUUUUAAGCAAUUACUUUCAAUGCAUGUUCAAUGCCAAAGCCAGAAAUAAUUUUAGUGCUAUAAGAUCCCAUCAUAAAAUGCAUUACAUUCUUGUGCUAGCAAGUCAUCCAUCUUGUGAGGCUUUAAUAUGAAGAGAAGCAACAAAAAGUACUAUGAAUAUAUUAAAUACUUGGUGACUUGUUGCAUCCAUAUAUAACACAAAGCCUUAACUGGUCUGCUCAAAACUAGUGUGAGUAUUUGUAUUAAUUUCUGACCACACAGAUGCAGAACAAAGAUUAUGUAUUUUUUUACUUCUCAGUAUCUUGCAUCAGCCAGGUUGUGAAUAUUGUUGGAGAUGUUAUGGAGUUCAGCAGUGCUUGGAAGCCAGCAUUGCUGAGAUGGGAAAGGGGUAAGAGGUUGUUGUGGCUCUAAUUCUGGUUAGAAUUACUGUUUUUGAAGGGUCAAGUUUUGUUAUUAUGUCCAUGCAAGACCUGCUUUUCUUGGUCAUUGGUAUCUUCUCCAUUGAGUAUAAACUAUUCUGCAUAUAUACUGUAUGCAGCUAAUUGUGACUGAAAAGUGACCGGUGUGUGAGGCAGCAAACAACUUCCAUGUUAGAGAAAGAAGCCCAUGUUAGCAACAGCUUUCAAAUGGUCUUGGUCCUUACCAUCUCUAUCCUCGGGGAGAAAACCACCCUCAUCAUUUCUGUUUAGCUUGUGCCAUUAAAGGAAGUUACUUGAUUUUUUUCUCAGUCAUAGUUUACCAACAGAGGUGACUGGUUAUGAUGCAGGCUUGCUAGUCACGCUUAAUAUAAUGAUUAUUUACCUUGUUCAUGAGUCAGAUGCAUUACAACCCACUUUCAUGAUUGUUUACUAUGCCAGAUAUUACACUAGCUGUUAAGGUUUCAGAGUUCUUUAUUAUCAUAUAUAUUGUAACAUUUAAUUACUUAAGUAUUAUACUGUAGUUUAGAGUGAAAGGGUGAUAACUGUGUCAUGUAAGAGGUGUAUUUGUUCUAUAUAUGAUGAUAUACAACCAUAGUUAAGCAUUUUUAUUCAAAAGGACAGUGUGCAUUUUAUAAUUGCAUUAAUCAUUCUUUAUGGAGAGUGAGAAAGUACUUUAAUUAAGGUGCCACCAUCCACUUCAACUUUCUGAUAUGAAAGGUUGAAUGCUAGGCAACAUGGUGCUAAGACAAGAAUGUUAACUGGUGCGCUUAUCAUUUCUUUUCCCACCCAAAGUUGUACCCAAACCAGAUUGUCUCCUGAACAAAAUAAUGAAGGGAAACAUCAACUUACUAUUCCUAAUAUAGACAGUCCCAUUGGUCACAUUAUUUUGCUUUGCAUAAGAGUAUGGUGCUAUUUUAAAAGCUUAACAAUUUUGACUAAUGAGUUAAAUUUGAAGCUUGACUCCUAGUCUUAGCCUGGAUUUAGCUUUAUUUGAUGUUAGCUGUGAGUAACAGCUAGUAUAACAAUCAGACUUGCUGAAUUUUUAUGUAAAUUAUAUACAGUUGCUGCUAUAACACCAUACAGCAAGAUUUUAGAGAGUCAGAUGAUUAACUUCAUUAAUAAAACCAUUUACAGCUUGCACUUACUAGAGAAGCAGCAACAAAAUUAUAUUAUUAUAGUCAUGUUUGUAUGCAUUAAUCAUGUAUGAUUGUGUAAAUUCAUAUUUCUUUCUCCCUUUGUCAGUAGCAGAUAGUGCUACCCCCUUAUCCACACACAUGUCACAGAGUUGUGUUUUGGCUCAUUCUGGCCAUCCUACAAUUAUAAACCUGGAGUAUAGUGUGUGUGUGUGUGUGUGUGUGUGUGUGUGUGUUUUCCAAGGGAUGGGGUGUCCAAGUGAGGCAGGGUGCCUACAUUAUUGUCUUUCAAACAUCAACACUAUUUUUGCUUGAGUAACAUCAUAGUCAUCAAUCAUUUUGAGGAGUUGCAAAGAUCUUCAUUCAGCAAUAAUAUGAAAAUAGCUGACAUUGAUUAUAUAGUUCAAACUAACUUUACUUUCUAAUCACACAAACAUUUUGACUUAUUCAGCCAUAAAACACAGAUUAUAUCAUAGUUACCCUGUUUGUUUCCUGGAUCCCAACAGUUUCUCAGCUUUCUCCCCCAAUGCCAGGUAGAUGAAUGCAUCAUCUGCCAGUUAGACAUCACUUCUGACUAUCUUUCUCCAUCUUGAUCGGUCUUCAUAGAUUUGUUGCUCUUCCACCUCUUCCAGCCCCAAACCACCUCUUCCUUUGCCUUCCGAUAGGUGUUCUCCCCCCUGCAGCCUCCACUUGAGAUAUUUUCUUGGUUUUCUCUCCUCCUCCAUUCUUCACCAGCUCAGUUUUAAUAUUUCCAUCUCCUCCUACAGUGAGUUGACCCCAGGUUCCUCUCUUAUUGCCAUUCCUCAUCUUGUUCAUGUUACACCGAUCCAUACAUUAAAACCAGCUUAACUUUACAUUUUCUAUGCAAAUUUUUAUCCUUCCGUAUUGGGUACCUCAUGUUAACUUUUGUGUUCUACUUUACACCUAUUUAUUUCCACCUCUUGAUCAUUUCCAUCAUUGAAGUUUACUCCUAGGUAUUCAAAAUUUUUGAUCCAUUUGAGUUUCUGAGUAGUGCAGUAGUGUGAGUGAUUAUUCAUCUUAACAUCCUCCUCUUCUACAGGGAGGACAGAAAAACGGGAUUGAAAUUAAAUUCCUAAUUAAAACAUCCUAUAACAUUGCUAUAGAAAAAACAUUUUGAGUUCAUUGCUAUCCUGAAAAUCCUAUUGAAUUUAAUAUCUUGUGUUUGUGUCUGUUUAUCAGUGAAUAUGUCUAAAUGAGUAGAUUGUUAUCUCUACAUAUUCCUUCAAUUUAUUUCUCCUAAACAUGUUUUUUCAUCAGUUUCUGUUAUUCAAAAUAUAAUUACCUGAUUAUUCCCUCUGUAUGUCAGUAGGAUUAAAAACAUAGGAUAAUGUAUAAAAAAAACUGCCCAUGCUUAUUCCAAAUGAAAUGAGGGCAACUUACUGACACCCCAAUGCACUGAGGCAGCCACAUUAUCCUUCCCUUCAGCUACUCAAAGGCCAGGAGAAACUCACUCACCUUCCAUUCAACACAGCUCAUAAGUGACAUGCCUUAAGCUAAUGAAUGACCAGAAGUUGCUCCGUCACCUGAAAGUUGUUGCCAGAAAUCAACAGCUGCACUACUCUUGGAUUAGCCAAAGUUAGGAGGGAUUAAGUCUUUCGUGCUGCACCUUUGUUGGUGUCACUCCACAUGUUCACGUGUUUGUUUUACAUUUCCAGUGCUUGUUUCUUUGUGUUUUGUUUGACUGACUUCCCUCAUUGGCUCACAGUCAAAAUGAUCAUCCAUUUUGAGGGAUUAUAUACAUCCUAAGUGCACUUACAGCCUGUGUCAUUGCCCUGUGAAAACCAGUUAAUCCUUUUAUAAUCGUGUUCUGAAGAUGUCAUGUGAGAUUAGAGUUGGAGGUUGUAGUAGUCCAAGGCAAAGAGCCUUUUUCUGUAUUCAUUGGUUGUUUGAAGUGGGGUCUAUGAUUAUGUGAUGUGAGCCUUUAUGCUGAUGUGCAUACGAAGUGGAAAGGCAGUCCACUUCACAUAUGUCUUACAUCUGUAUGUUAUUUCCAUAUGUGGCAAACUCACCACAUGUCCUGUGGUGUUUGUCAUUUCUUAUAUCAUUAGAAAUGGCAGCAAGCAGCUAUCUGGUCAAUAUUGCAAAAACAUCAGUACCACCAGAAAUGUAAUAUCCAUGUCUUUGUAGCCUUUUGUUUAGAAUCAUAGGACAAGUGUUACUUAUACUGAUUUUAAUACAGUAAUUUGUUAUUCAUGUACUCCAUUAUUACUUAUGUAACUGUGGAGUAGUAGUUAGCAAGCCUAGCUACAAACCCAUGGGCCCAGGUUCAGUCCCUGACAGGGGCAGUCAUCACCCAGCUCAUCCAGUUGUUCGUCCCCCCGUUCAGGAUAGUUGAUAAAUAGAUACCUGAGGAAACUUGGAAGCUAAUCUAUGGUAACUUGGAUGUCAAACUUGCCCUGUGUCUCAGGGUAGUGGGUUCUUACCCCCUACAGGCUCAAGGUCAAUGAGAUGGAAAUAAACAUCAGUGCUGUGCACAGCUUGGCAUAUUCCCGACUUUACCUUUACUUUUAUUAAUACUUAAAUAUUUCAUUUUCUGUUUUGCUGGGAGUUACUUUACAUGUUUUUAGAAGAAAAAAAACAUUUAUUGUAACUGACAGCACAGUAUGCAUAAGAAUAGUAUUAGAUUAAUGAAUUUCAACAGUCUUGAAAAAAACUCAAUGUAAGUUCAUACAUUUAAUGGGUUUGUCCAGUGUUAUUUCCAUGCUGGGGCUCUACAGAAGCUGCCUAAAACAAUACAGUAUUUUAAGGUGUGCUGCCCCCUGGUCUUUCUGCCAUCCCCAGCCUCAGGUUUCCAGCCCAAAGAUUCAAAUUGCAUGAUUACAUUAAAGUGAAAAAUUCAUUGUGUGAGCAGCUACAACACAUUGAUGUCUUUUCUACCUUUCUCCUUGACAACAGCAUGAAGGACGUCCACCAUAGUAGAUUACUGAAAUCAUGCUUAACUGUGCCUCAGAAAAGGAGAGAGAAGCAGGCUCACAUGUGCCUUAGCAUGAGACAGGCACAUAAAGGCAUGUCAUUUCACACCUCCCAAGAUUCUUGGAUAGUGCUUGCUCCUAAUGUCCUUCCCUCCAAGAUGGGAAGGUGGUGCUUUUGGUUUGUAUGUGUGUUAUUUUGUCACCAGUGGUAGAUCUGAUUUAUUUUCUUGUGGAACACUGUAAAGUCAUUUGUAGAGAUUCACUAUGGAAAGGAUGACUGCGUAAAAGAUAUAAUAUACUAAUUUGUUUACAAUAAUUUUUACAUUGCAAACAUAUAUGAACAGAGUUCAACCCUGCUGCUUGAGGCAUCCUUUGUAUAUGUCCCCUUUAGUAGAGCUGUUUUAUUUUUGUAAUCCUAUAUCUUCUUAUAUGCAAUAUUAAAGGAGAUAUGUAUGUGCUAUUCUAAUGGAUAUUAUGACAUAUCUGUCACUAACAACACAAAAUUUUCACAUUAUUAUGAUUUUUUCUAUUAUUUUUAUUAUUGCAAUUGUAACUACCAUUAUUAUAUUAAGUAAUUCAGAAGCUGUAAAGAUUUAUAAUAUCUUGUCAAGAUUAUGUUUCAAAGGUUGUACAAUGCAGAGUAUUUGAAGCAACUUAAUAUGGAUAACUAAUCAAUUUCCUUUAAGAAUGUUGUGAAUAACCAUUCUUAAGUACAUGAGAUUUUUAUUGGCAUUAUUGUGCAUAUUAAAUGUGUACAUAUAAUUAAAAAAAAACACUUUUUGCAGAACAAAAGGAGCAUUUAGAAUUUGUUUGAUAGGAUGUUAUAGAUAAUAUAAUGUGUGCGUGUGAGCGUUCAUGUGUGUGUGUGUGUUAUUAAUAGAUAUAUAAUGUAUAAUGUGUAGUAACGAAAGUUAGAGAACACAACAUAUGCACUUAUUCACUGAUUUUGUUCACUGUCAUCAUGUGUCUGGAGCAGAGAGCUUAUACCCAUAUUAGUAAGUGUAUGAUGAGAUGCACUGCGCCACCCGUGAUUCACGGUCCCAGCAGCCUUAGUAGCAUAGUGGCUGGACUAGAUCUAUUUAGAGGAGAAAUUCUGGUGAAGUUAUGCCUCAGUGAUAUUACCAUUAAGCACUGUAGGUAAAGGUGACUUAAGUAAAUCGUAACCUUAGGAUCAUUGAAUUGCACUUUUAAUUUCUUAAAAUGACAAUAUUCAUUGCUCAGACUUUGAAGCUUCACAACUUAGAGGUACUGCAGGUCAUGCCUAAUUAUAAUGUGGAACAGUCCCUCCUUAUAGUAUACAGUAUAUAAUAAUAUUGCACCAGGCAUCUGAUAAGUUCUUAUAUUGUCAUACAUGUGCACUCUAGGGCCACCAAACCCCUUAUAAGAGGGCUGGUGGCUGCAGGGUAAAAUGCUUGGCUCAUGGCUUGUAGCCUGCAAGUGUGGGCCCAGCACACUGCAGCUUCUUGGUGAGAGAGGUAGUGCUCCAGUGUCAUCCAUAUGCCAGUUUGUCUGAGCAUAGUUGCCUGGUCUAGGAAUUACUUAACCUUAUAUGUAAAUUAGAAAACCAAAGUAAUACAUCGUAAUACAUCUACAUUUAUAACCAAGUCAACUCUCUCUCUCUCUCUCUCUCUCUCUCUCUCUCUCUCUCUCUCUCUCUCUCUCUCUCUCUCUCUCUCUCUCUCUCUCUCUCUCUCUCUCCUUAUUUAGUAUUGUCAGAAAAUUCUCUUUGACUUCUGUAUUGUUAUUCUACUACAGUGAAUAAUCACCCUCCCAACAACAAGUGAUGGGUUCAUGGAGUUGUUGAAUUACUGAGAAUGUUGUUGUUGGCCGGUUGACUUACGUGUUUAAUGGGAAAUAUUGAUAUUUAUGGGUUGAUAUUUUCUUCUGGGGCAAUAAAUUAUUUCAUUAA